AACAUGACCACUGACAUCACCCGAACUGUUCAUUCACCGGACACCCAAAAGUCACUUUUUCUGGCUGAUUUUGCUCCGUCUUAUCGGACACAAAUCGUCCACUUCUCGCAGUCUGGCAGGAUCAAGGGAUGAGGGUUGGGGAUGGACAGGUUGCCGUGGAAACGGACUCCCAUCCCAUCAUUGAGCUGAUGAGCAGAAAACAAACUGUGGACACGGAAAAAACUUCUUUCAGCGGAGCAUCUGAGUAACUUUUAAUGUUUCUGCAGGGGUUUCGUGUGUCUUUGUGGUGUUAAAAUUGAAUCAGAGACAUGUCUGGGACCAAACCACCCCGUGAUGAGUUUCCGGACUCUGAUGCAGAGGACACAUCAGAGGAGCUGACAGAGGUGGUGUGUCUGGAGUCAGACCUGCAGGAUGGACAGAUGAAGGAGGUUGAAGUGGGAGAUCACAGCGUGCUGUUGACACGCAGCGAGGGCAAAUACAGUGCCAUUGGUAACCAGUGUACACACUACGGCGCUCCGCUCAGCAAAGGGGUUAUUUCAGGCCACACAGUGCGCUGCCCGUGGCAUGGCGCCUGUUUCAACGUCCAUACAGGAGAUCUGGAGGAGUUCCCCGGCAUGGACUGUUUACCCUGCCACAAGGUCAAAAUUCAAAACAGCAAAGUGUAUGUGUCUGUAAACAAAAAGACUCUCAGGCAGGAAAAAAGAGUAAAGAGUAUGGGAACUGCAGUACCAGGAGUUACUCACACUGUCCUGCUGCUGGGAGGAGGGGCUGCGUCAUUGAUCUGCGCCGAGACUCUGCGGCAGGAAAACUUCAGAGGCAGAAUCAUCAUGGUCACCAGAGACGACCUUCUACCUUACGACAAAACCCGACUCAGCAAGGUAAUGAAUGUGGAGAGCGAGAGUAUUCUGCUGAGGAGGAUGGAGUUUUUCCAUCAGUACGACAUUGAGGUGUGGCUCAGGAAAGAAGCGCUGUCAGUGGACACAGACAAGAAGACAGUCACAUUUCAUGAUGGUUCAGUCCAGAGCUAUGACCAGCUCCUCAUCUCAACAGGCUGCAGAGCAAAGGGUCUGGAUUUGCCCGGCAUGAAGCUGGACAACGUCAAGAUGUUGGAGACACCAGAGGACGCCCGGCAAAUCCACACAGCCUGUCUGGGCUGCAACGUCGUCCUCGUGGGAACCUCUUUUGUUGGCAUGGAAAUUGCAUCUUAUUUAAUAGACAAAGCAUCCAGCAUCACAGUGAUUGGCAGCAGUGAGCUGCCGUACCAGAACACACUGGGUCGUGAAGUUGGCAGAGUCACCAUGAUGAUGCUUUCAGAAAAAAAUGUGAGUUUCUACAUGAACGAUAUUGUGACAGAGGUCAGAGGUGUGGCUGGCAAGGUGAACGCGGUUGUGCUUAAAAAUGGAAAAGUUAUCCCAGCUGAUGUUUUGAUUGUUGGUAUUGGCAUCAAACCUAACUCAGAGUUCCUGCGGGGCAGCAAAAUACAGAUGGACUCAAAAAACUUUGUAACAGUCGACAAGCACAUGCACACCAAUGUCCCCGGUGUGUUCUGUGGGGGCGACCUGGCCACCUUCCCCCUGGCGAUGGCCAAAAACCAGCUGGUCAACAUCGGACACUGGCAGAUGGCACAAGCACAUGGGAGGAUAGCAGCUCUGAACAUGUUGGGUAAACCGACUGAACUCAGCUCAGUUCCUUUCUACUGGACCGUCCUACUGGGUACAACCAUCCGAUAUGCAGGCUAUGGGGAGGGAUACACUGACAUUGUAAUAAAAGGGAAGUUUGAGGACAGGAAGUUCCUGGCAUUGUACAUCAAGAAUGAUGAGGUCAUAGCAGCAGCGAGCCUAAACUACGACCCAGCAGUGUCUGCAGUAGCUGAGCGGUUCGCAGCAGGAAAAGUCAUCACGAAGAAAGAGGCUGAAUCAGAUGACCUGAGCUGGCUGCAGUUGUCCUGAUCUACACUUUCCUCCACUCAUCCGCUCAACACUUCAUCUGUACGAUGUCAACAUGCAGCCAGAAUGUCAUUCAUCCGUCUCUCCGUCACCACUGCUCUCACCAAGGACGAAGAGUUUGGAGACCUGCAUCAAAAUGUUCGAUUCAGAAGAGACAGACUUCACUGGUGGCGUGGUGUCAAAGCAGAAUCCACCGUGAAAUUUGUAUUUACAGUGUUGAAGUAUUCGAUUUAAACUGUACGUCAUACAGUCAGUGUUCGUGUGAGGGGGGACUCCACCAUGCAAACAACAGAUACCUCAGAGGAUGCAGCUUUUGAGACUUCUUUUGUAAUCUUAAUAUUUUUUAUUAUUUCAUUAGAUUUGAUUUUAUUUUUAUGGCUUUAUGUUUCCAGUAACGGUCAAGAGACAUCACAUUUAAGAUGCCUCAGUAAGUUCUCUGCUGUUAGUAUUUAAAAGGCGGCCCACUGCCCACUGCAGCUGUGUACGUGGUCCAGUCAGUGAGUCAGAGGGGGGAUUAGGAGAACAGAGGGGGGGUGUUCAGCUCUUUGAAGCAGAGAUGCUGAAAUAGGCAAUGGUAACAAAACACACCAACAGGGAACAAUCGGCCUUUCGACAAACAGCACACAAAGGCAGCAUGACGAAACCUUCACAAAAGAAAUGCUGUGUUUUCCUCUCGUUCUCCCCUCUGUCUCUCUGCUGGUUUAUCACUGUCUUUACCUCACACCUCUCUUUCCACAUUUAGCCCUCGCUUCACUCUCAGCGCCCUUCCUGUCAACAGCAUGCCUCAGUUCACUGCAUCCAGGGUUCAACUGGUGCAGACUUUUCAAGGCCAGUACUAGUUAUGAUAUUUUAGGAUUGAAGGUGCCAGUGGCUUAUAUUUUGUACUGAUGUUGUAUGUAAAAGAUUUGAAACUUUUUUAUUUUUUUUAUUUUUUUUGCUUAGGGAAAGUUUAACAAUAUUUAGAUCAUGAUCAACAUUUAAAUUCCAAAUGUUUCACACGUAUUUUAAUAGGGAGGGGUGAUGCAGAUAAAAUCUUCAAUCACGGUAUAUAUAGUUUAAUAUUUUCUGGAUAAUCAAUUGAGAAAUCAUUAAUUGAAAAAAUAACCAGACAGACUCAUUUAUUGACUAAUAGAGCAAGUUAAAUACCUGACAAAUCAAUCUUCAACAAAAAAAUAUAUUAAAAAAUGAUAUUUAUAUAGAUCCAGAUAAAUCCAAUAAUUUAUAUUGCCUACUGGUAUAUAUCAUCAUACAUGUUAAUUGAAUUGUUAAGGUCACAGAUCAUUAAGGAUAGCCUUCCACUCUUGAAGCUAAUUGUAACCUCACAUCUCUGGGAGAAUUGCAUUUACAGCAUUAUACUGUCAAGUGACAGCUUCAAAUUUAAAUGUAUCUACCGGGAACAGCUUUGCACCCUAACACACUGUUACAGUAAGUAAUUUAGCAUAUUAUGAAUUCUUGAGGUAAGAAAAAUAUCAGCUUUGUUCCCCUGAGAAAUUUUUAAGUGGAAGAUGUUCUUUGCCUCUUGUAAGAUUAAAAAGAAAAGUUACAGUGCUGAAUAUCAGUUCUCUUGUUAUUAACAGCUUUGUUAUCAAUGCAAAGUGAACCCUGAUCCCAUAACAGGGAUGUACUUGUCAUUUAAACUUUUUGUCCUGUGUUUCACAUUGUUCAUGCAUAAAAACAAUCUCAGGCACAACAGUACCGUAUCUUUUGCAUUCAUUGACUCGUCAGUGUUGGAGCAUCUGAUUCACUCAUGACUUUUCUGCCAUCUAUCGUCCAGCAGCGGUAGUGUUUCUAGGAUUUACUUUCACAUGGACAAACUGUCCGUCUUUGUAAAUUCAGUUCUAUAAUUAAAAAAAGUCACAUCA